AACACGUGGUAACCUGUGCUACUAUCAGUUGUAUUCAGUGUUGUAGCUAAGAGACUGCUGAAAUUUGAAAAUUUUUCGUUGUAAUUAUGUUUUAUUUGAACUAUUUUGCAGUGCUAAUCGGAAACACUGAAUGAAGUGAAUUACGUUUUUUUAUAUUUAUAAUAUUAUUUGAGAUACGACGUAAUAAAAAUCUUAAGUACUUUGAUUUGUGAUGGCUGCGGCAACAGAUAUGUUUCGUUAUAUUUACCUGUGCGGUAAUAAAGACAACAGUGACACUUCCAGCUUCGUAACAACAUCCACAGAAUCUGCAGUGUUACCACCUUCUCCAUCUAAUCAACAUUCAGCACAGACGACUUACGUAUUGCCCCAUCUGUGUUCCGAUACCUCUUCUCAGUUUAUCUCAUCCUCACUGACGUCAACUUCACCUCUGCCUUUUACAUGUCCAUCGACACACUCCCCUAUUACCAAAUUAUCACCAAAUAUUUUAAAGAAUUCAUCUUCUUCGAGCUUACAUAAUCGAAGCUUCGAUAACCUCUCUGACGGCUGUCAUACUCCGAGUCCCGACAGUUUCCGUUCUGUCAGUCCCACAUCCGAUAUCAUGGACCAGCAGAGUAACUUGCCGGUGCUUCACAAAUUUGGAGCCGAGAAUGACAAGCAGUACACGCCGCUGCAAAACUACGCUUUCAGGGGACCUGCCACUUCGCAUUUGAACAAUGUGUAUGAAUAUAACAAAUCCUACCAGAGGAUGGCAAUCGACGAGAAUGUCAACAAAAAUUCAUUGGUUUCUUUAGCAAUGGAAGCUGCGAAAGACAUAAGAAAGAGUAACGGACAGAAUAGGAGAAGUGUUGUAGUGUCAAAUAACAGCCAAAGAACGUUGAAGACCAUUGAUGAAAAGAAAGACAGCGCGUAUCUGAAACAGAAGAGCGAAGACUUCAGUAGUACUGGAUGUGACAUGAUAGACAAUGAGUGUGAUGAUUUUGAUGAUGACAGUCUUAUGCAAGACAGCGGCGAUGAAUCGAUGUGUCAUGAUGACAUAAGGCACGAAGAAAAGAGGAAACAACAGCAGAAAACAAAGCGACGCUCGAGCAAUAAACUGGUGAGUCCAGUGGUUAUGAAGAAGAGACGCUUGGCCGCGAAUGCUCGAGAGAGACGUCGCAUGCAGAACUUGAACAAGGCGUUCGACCGUCUUCGGACACAUCUCCCAUCGCUUGGAAACGAUCGGCAGUUGUCAAAGUUUGAGACACUGCAGAUGGCUCAGACUUACAUUACAGCUUUAAAUGAUUUACUCCAGUGACGUCAUAAAACUUUUGUAACGUGUGGCCUGAAAUGAUCAGGACUGUAACUGGAUUUAUCCGCAGAAAGUACCUCAACUUGAUAUAUAACUCUGUGACGUUUACCAGUGUAUUAUUACAUGUAAUUAUUAAUUAUUAGGAUACGUAUUGAGUCUAGUGAUACAUAAUUGCUCAUCAGUUGGUAAAAGGCCUAACAAUAAAGACAAAUUAAGGGACGGGCUGUGAGAAUAAACUUCAUUUUGUAUGCGAAUUAACGAAAUGAAAAGACUUCAAUGCUGGAACAGAAUACGUAGUGAGAGAUACAUUUCUUAUUAUAGUUUCUUACGUCGCUUGGUGUUUGAAGUUUACUGCCGCAUCCUAGUUCAUGUAAAUAGAUUUGAUGUUUGAAUACAUAUAAUAGGAUCAGGCCCUCCCUUGCUGGAACAGUUCACUAUGUACCUACGUAACCAAGUUCAGUUGUUGAUGUUUGUAUACAUCUAUGUACAGUGCCAUUUUUAUGUAAAUAGUUUGUUGUUUAAAUUCAUGGGCGUUAUAAAAUGUGCUGUAUAGACACUUAUUUUUGUUACACGUAUGACAGUUAGAAUAUUGCUGAGUUUUAUAAGACAAAGUGACAAAUUUCUGUAAAUAAAGUAUAUUGUUUCCCCCCAGUAUAAGGAAAAAUAUUUAUUACAUAAUUGUCGAUAUUGGUCUUCUACGUUGUAACGUCAUGUGGAUUUGUAGGUAGAAUAAACUUGCUCUAUUCAUCGUCACCUCAGAAGAUGAAGCAGUAUGCAUUUAUGAAACGUCGGUAUUUUCCUUCAACUGUACAUAGCGUUACA